AGUUGACGACAGACGGCAGUCAUCCAGAAUGCGUCUGCUGGUGGUUUUGGCUCUGCUCCUUUGCGCGCUGGCGUGUGCGCACCAGGCAGGAGCGGAGAUGCCGGCAGUGAAGCUGUGCGGCCGGGAGUUUGUCAGGGCCGUGGUCUACACCUGCGGAGGCUCCCGCUGGAGGAGAUUCUUCAGCGAGCCAGACAGGGAUGGUCUGCCUGCAGGAGAGCAGACCAGCUUGGAAGACGUCAGCAAUGCCAGAUCGGAGUGGACCAAACGGGACAUAAACAAACUCCUGACAAACGUGUGCUGUCAGGUGGGCUGCAGGAAGAGCGAACUCGCCUACUUGUGCUGAUGGCGGCGGGGCUUUUUGUUUUUACGCCCGCAGUGACCAGAACGACGGCCUUGUCUCCCUCGUUGCCUUAAAACUCGAACUUCACCCCCCGACGCCUGACAUUAUGAUCACUGUACAGCUGAGACGAGCGAAUGGGGAGCCUCUGUGAAUGUGCAUGUACGAAUCUGUGCCAACUAUGUUUUUCCACUAAACACCUGACUGAAUCUAUUUUAAACUGAACUUGUAUUAGAGCCGGUAGGACUGUGUUAAUUGACAACAGAGGUGCAAGUUUGUACAGCUUCCAGCUCUGCUCUUAAUGUCUUACAAAAUACUUCUGUUUUACAUUGUUGUAUGAAAUAAACGUUCUGGCAAAUGGCUUUAGGUGUGGCGCUUUACUCAUUACAGUAAUUUCU